UGGUAUAUGUGAAUAUUAGAACACUGUAGAUCAUAGCAGGCUAAGCACAACAGUAGCACGGUCUGAAAAUAGACAUCACUUGAUCAACAAGGAGCUUUUAAGGGUCAAGUUUAAUUGAUACUUCAUCAAAGUUUCGUUCUAAAGAAACGAAACCCUUUCGUUAUUAAGGUUUCUGCCUCGAAAGGUUUACUCUAGUGUUACGCGCUGCGAGAAAGGGUCGGCGAAAGUAAUGGCCACGGAACCUGUUUCCAUCGCGAUGGACACUGUUUCUAGUACUACGACUGUUAUUCCAGUGGUCUUAAAGAAAAUCAUGGAAAUCCCGCCGCCGAAUCUUCUCGAAGGCGAGGACGAAAAUGACAAGGAGAAACUCUUGGAAGAUGCUGUGGACUCUGGAGGGGUCAGUGGAAUGGGUCCAACGGCCGCCCUAACUCCUGCGAUCUGGGAUAAGACCAUUCCCUACGAUGGUGGAACCUUCCACCUGGAAUACAUGGAUCUAGAGGAGUUUCUCAUGGAGAAUGGAAUUCCUGCCACAGGUGAUGAGAUUCAGGAAGAUAUUCUUCUGAAGGAUAGCUCACAGAUGACAACUGAAAAUCCAUCUACAACAUCUGGAGACCAGACCUCUCCAGCCGCCCCAAUCUCUCUUUUGCCGAUCAUGGAUCUUGAUCAAUGUGAGGAGGAAGUGGUCACAAUCACCGCAUCCAGCUCCACCGACAUCAAUUCAGACAAGGAGCGUGUGACGCCAGAUCCCAUUAAUCCUGAUGAAAUUGAAGUAGAGGUGAACUUCCAACCAGAUCCCACAGACCUCGUACUGUCAAGUGUACCUGGAGGGGAACUGUUUGACCCUCGAAAACAUCGCUUUUCUGAGGACGAUCUAAAACCACAGCCUAUGAUCAAGAAAGCCAAGAAAGUUUUUGUGCCUGAGGAACAGAAGGACGACAAAUACUGGCAGAGGAGAAAGAAGAACAAUGUUGCGGCCAAACGUUCGCGGGACGCUAGGCGGCUCAAGGAGAAUCAGAUCACAGUUCGAGCGGCAUUUCUCGAGCGAGAGAACUCCGCUUUGAGGCAGGAAGUGGCAGAGCUACGCAAGGACUUUGGCAGAUGCAAGAACAUCGUGUCUCGUUAUGAAGCCAAAUACGGACCACUUGAGCCAACUGAAGAUCUCUAAACAAUUGUUGAUUUAUUUGCAUUGUUGUAAGGCAAUAAAUUAAUAAUGGUGUGGAGUAUGGAGGGCUGAAUAGUCAGAGUAAACAGAAGAUGACGAUGAAGAGGAAAUGACAGGAGAUACGUAAUUGAAUGAUUCAGUUGGUAGAGCCAAGUGACAUUCAUAAGCUUAUACAGAUGAAUCCUGUCAACCAAUAUAACCACCGGUCAUUGGUUUGCAUUAGUGAAACAGCAUAUCCAAUAUAUCUUAUGGAGCUUUUAAGUGCUUUUUUGUAAUUGAAAUGUUUUUCCUGACCUUUUUAUGUUUCAUGGUUUACUGUAUAGUCAAUAAUAUUUUUAAAGGUUUGUAUUGAGGAUGACUAGCACUGACUACCGAAUACUUCCUUAUACAUUAUUGGGAUUUUUCUCUACAAUAUUACAAAAUAUUAAUUCUAAGAAUUCAUUUAGAAUGGUUGGUACAAUGUAUCAUACAGUGGUACAUUUUUGACUAAAACAGUUUCAGGUAUUUUUCAAAUAUAAGGUGAAUGGAUCAUGUUCUGUUUAUCAGUACUGAUAGGUUUGUGUUGUGUGCUUUUUUUUUGUAAAGUUUUUGAAUUGAUGAUAUGUGAAUUAUAUAUCUGCAAAACCAUACUGUAGAAUGAGUCUUUUAAUAGUAGAUUGAUAUCUGUACAACACAGAGAUUUAUUCUUUUCAAUUUUUGUUUACUUGAGAUAUGCCUAAAAUGUACAUCCUGUGUUUACUACUCCAUGGUCUCAAAAGGUCAGUAUGCAUACAGAAAUAACACUCUAUAUGUGAUUGUUUUUAUUUUCUCUGCUUAAAAUUAAGAAACAAAGCUAAACAAAUUAUUUUUAAAAAGCUUUUUCAUAUGGGUGAUCCAUCCAUGAUGCAUUUUUUUUUUCAACUUUAGAUAUUUGACAAACGAAUUGAUGUACAAUGUGAAAUUAACAUUAUCUCAGUAAGGAUCUUAAGAGUCUUUAGUACCUGUUUUCAAUGAGAGAUACUAUGGUAAAUAUCAAGAACCAAACCGAAACUUAUUUGCUUUUUAAAAGGGAAUCUAAUGUGUAAUUCUGUGAUUCUCGAAAUAUGUAAUUCUGACCAAAACUGACUCCGAUUUAAAAGCAGAGGGUGUCAAAAGUUUCUUGCAGCAGCAAGAACGUCACUUUAAUCAGCUGUCUAAAUGUUUUGUGCCGGUUUUCCAGACAGGGAUUAGACUAGUCUUAGCUGUCCAAACUGCAAAGAAGAUACAAAGAAUACAUAAGAUAAUCCCUGUUUUAUUGCACUUUAGGUAUGUUGCUCUCCUUGAGCUUUUUACUGAAGGUGGGAAUGUAAAAGAUGACCGUAAAUUCAUAAUACAGUUGAUGUCUGCCCAGUGGGGCUUCCUGGCAAUGUGUUUCCUCUGUUUAAAUAUAAGAGCUUUUUAUCUGAAAGGUGGGAAAUGUAAGAAAAAAAUAUUAAUACAAAAUACAGUUUAAUGGUUGUUAGGUGGGGCUUCCUGGCAUUGUUUCUCCUCUGUAAAAAGCUUGGCUGCAUUUAUUAUUUUUUUACUUUGCCAGCGUUGUUGGAAUAACUAAUAUUUGUCAGAUUUUAAUGUUUUUUUAAAUGUCAUUGUUCUUUUGUAAGAAAGGAUAUUCUUUUUCACUUGUGUUGCCUUAAUGUCUUGUCUUUUUUAUGUUGUAAAUAUUAAAGAACUCAAAAUCAAA